UUAUUUGUGUCCAUUUCCCUACUUUCCUUCCCCCACGGCACAUAUCUGCGAAAGGUAACGGUAGCAGCACACUCCUGUCGGCGACAAACACAGCGAACUCCUAACAGCAGCGCGACAUCAUCUCGCGGCGGUAUAGUACCUUCUCCGGCGAACCCAGCUAAGAUAGACCCAAGCGGCGGCGACUCACGGCGUCAACUCUAAUCGACGAUUGGACAAGGACGUCACGCACCAGAUCGGAGAGAGGGGAAACAAAAAGUCGUAGUGGAUUUUUAAUUAUUUGUCACGCAUGGACUGGUGGAAUCUCUAGAUCGUAGAUCUGGUCAGUUUCUUCUACGUUUCAUCGAAAAAACUCAUUUAAUUUGAUGAUUGAUUAAGAAAUCAAUCUUCCCAUAUCAUCAUCUUUCAAUUUUCAUUUUGGGUAUGUUCAAUUUAAUCCCUUCCCGAUACCCAUCGCUUGGAUUUGCCAUAUCAUGAGCAAUUUUUCAUAUGGGUCCUCGAGUCCCAAGUCCUUCAAUGCAUAUCCGAGAGGAGGGGACUUCGACUUAGAAUCUGGAGGAAUCCUAAAAAGAAUUCGGAAGUCAAAAAGUUCCCCAAUCUAUCUAAUUAGAAUGCUCAAAUCCGUGGGGAACCAUGUCCACUACUAUUACAAGCUGCAUCCGGUUAUAGUUCUGUUCAUCUGUUUAUCACUUGGGAUUACACUUCUCAUGAUCCUGUCUAUGUACGAAAGCCGCUAUCGGAUGACGAGUUCUUAUGGGAAAUUGAAUGUAUAUUCCGAGGGAUUCCCAUUUCCUAAGCUUGAGAAUCUUGUAAUGGUUGCGGGGCAUUCGGUUUAUGUCAGUAGUAGCUGUGAGAAAGUUGAGAAGGAAGAUUCUUGGGUUCUGGAAUCGUAUCAGAAGCAUCCGGGUCAAGCUGCUACGUUUAUCUCACAUAUUAAAGAGGGGAUUGAGAUAGCAGCCAUGGAUGAUGCAGCAUUGUUGCUGUUCAGUGGUGGGGAGACUAGAAAAAAUGCUGGCCCUCGAAGUGAGGCACAGAGUUAUUGGGCUGUUGCUGAAUCAAAAGGAUGGUUUGGCAAGAAAGAGAAUGUGAGGUCAAGAGCACUCACAGAGGAGCAUGCCAGGGACAGCUUUGAGAAUCUUCUAUUCAGCGUUUGUCGGUUCCGGGAGCUAACUGGCAAAUAUCCUCAAAACAUUACUGUGGUAAGCUACGAUUUUAAAGAGAAGCGAUUUGCAACUUUGCACAGGUCAGCCAUUAACUUUCCGAAAUCGAGGUUCUUUUACACUGGCAAACCGGCUUCAAUGACUUCAAAAGAAGCUGCUCUAAAAGGCGAAGCAUUGGUUCGAGCUCAGUUCCAAGCCGAUCCCUUUGGAUGCCAAGGUUCCCUCUACCGCAAAAAGCUCGGAAGAGACCCUUUCCAUCGAUCGAUACCUUAUCCCAACGGCUGUCCAGAGAUCACAGGCCUUUUCAGAUAUUGCAGAGCAGCUCCUUAUCCUGGAUCCCUGCCGUGGACUACAUGAGGCUGGCUUAUCGGCAUGUUAUCGCUUCUGGAGUUUAUACUGUGGACUGAUGAUUUUUGCCUAAACAACCAGGUUAGAUCUAACAUUCUUAAUGGGAACACAACGCACCAUGAUAUUUUAAAAUCUAAAGCAUGUCUUCAUAUAUAGAGAGAUGGAAAAAUGAUAAUUUUUUUGACAACAUUAUGUAGGAUAGUGUUUACAAAUGCUGCUAUCAAUGUAAUCUGAGAACCUUUUCUACAUUGUUUGUUGUUACUAUGUUGUCCAAACUUUACUUUAUAGCCAUAUAAUAAUCAUGAAUGUAAAAUUUUGUUUAAGUUACAA